AGGGGAUGUUUAAAGCACGCAGUAAAAACUCCAACACACGCCACCGCUCUGUUAUUCUCCAGCACGGGCGGGUUGUGUAACUUACGAGUGCGGGACAGAAGAGACCGACAGCCCGCAGACACGGGCAGGACGACAAGCCGACCCGACCCGACCGUCUAGCCUUGUCGAUUGAUUAUUCAUUGAUUAGUAUUUCUGCACUGCCGCCACCAUCAAAACACCGCUACCGAGCAUGCCGUCUCUGCGACACUCGUACACGGUGACUGUGCCGGAGGAGCCGGCCGCUUUCCCCGUAGACAAACCCGACCUGCGGCGGAAGAGUCCGUCGUUGUCCCGGUCCAAGCUGGUGUCCACGUUCAUGGGUCUGAUCAUCAACCAGGCCAAGAACAAAAGCCCUCAAGGCCUGGUGGGACUGAGGAACCUGGGCAACACGUGUUUCAUGAACUCCAUCCUUCAGUGUCUGAGUAACACCCCCGAGCUGAGGGACUACUGCCUGAGAAACGUCCAUCGCACAGACCUCAACAACAGCAACUGCACGACGAACGCCGCUCUCAUGGAAGAGUUUGCAAAGCUGACUCAGAGCCUGUGGACCUCUGUGAACAACGAGGCCAUCAGUCCCUCUGAUUUCAGGAGCCAGAUCCAGAGAUUCGCUCCAAAAUUUGUGGGCUGCAAUCAGCAGGACGCCCAGGAGUUUCUACGUUUCUUAUUGGACGGUCUCCAUAAUGAGGUGAACAGAGUGACAGUCCGCCCGAAGGUGUCCGUCGAGGACUUUGACCACCUCUCGGAUGAUGAAAAAGGCAAGCGGAUGUGGAACAUGUACUUGGAGAGAGAGGACAGCAAAGUCGUGGAUCUGUUUGUUGGACAGCUGAAGAGCUCUGUGACUUGCACCGUCUGUGGCUUCCGCUCCACGGUGUUUGAUCCAUUCUGGGACCUAUCCAUACCUGUUGCACAGGUCAGAACACACACACAGACACACAGACACACACAAACUUUGGAAAGGUUUAGCUAAUCCGUAUUUUGUGAAAUAGUGUUGGCAAAGCUGUGAAGACUUUUGUAUUACAGUAGAAAACAAGUAAUUUCUUGUCUGUAAUUAUCAAAUUCUGAUGAUAAACAG